AUGGCCUCCGCGGUCGCCCGAAUAUCGUGCGACUGUCCCGCUCGAAGCUUGGCCACCGACAGUGGAGUCCUGUGGAGCAACACGACCGUCAGCUCGGCCUGGCAACGUAAUCGUACCGGCGAUGAGCUUUUUGUGGGGUUCCUGGCCGGUUACGUCCACUCGAAGGUCGUCCUCGGGGCACUGCUGCUGGCCACCGAAACGAUAAACAACGACUCGACGCUCCUGCCGGGCAAAAAGCUGCGCCUCCGGGCGGUGGACAUUGGUGCCCAGAAGUCACUGAAGGCAUUCCCGAUCCAAAAGAUGACGGAGAUGCGCGACGAAGGAAUCGCGGUGUUCAUCGGCCCGGACGAAACCUGCACCUCGGAAGCGUUGGUGGCGUCGGCCUGGAACCUGCCCAUGAUCUCGUAUAAAUGUGCCGACAUUGCCGUGUCGGACAAAACGGUGUACAGUAGUUUCGCUCGAACGCUACCGCCGGCCACGAAGGUGUCGAAAAGUGUGGCCGCCCUGCUGCUGGCCAAUAAUUGGCACUGCUUCAGCAUCGUCGCCGGCAAACACCCGGCCUGGAGUAUGGAGAUUGCCCAGGCCAUCAAGUUGCAGGCAGAGUCCAAUAACCUUACGCUGAACCACUUUCGGAUCUACUCCGACUACAUUCCGUCCAAGAUUUACAAACUGCAACAAAUAGUGGACGACACGUACCGGAACACCAGAGUGUACGUGUUUGUGGGCGAUCACAUUGAAAUGGUGGACUUUGUGCGAUGUCUGCAGAACCGCAAGCUGCUCAGCACCGGAGACUACAUCGUGAUAUCGAUUGACGACGAAAUCUACGAUCCGAACAUGAAGCGGAACAUCUACCAAGAGUAUUCGGAUUUCUACCAGAAGUACAUCGGCAACUCGAGGGACAAGCACCACAACCGCAAGCGGUACAACUACAAGGACCAGGAGCGGCUACAGGAGGCGUUCCAGUCGGUGCUCCGCAUCUCGCCGCUCUUCCCGAUGAACCCCCGGUACCGCAAGCUGUGCCACAAGUUCAAGCUCUACUCACGCAAGGACCCGUUCCGGGUGCCGUUGCCCUACAAUCAGCACAUCUUCGACGAAAUCCAGGUGCCCAUCUACGGUGCGUACCUGUACGAUGCACUCAUCAUUUACGCCCGCGCGGCCACCGAGGUGUUGCGCGAAGGCGGCGACAUCUCGGAUGGAAGAUUGAUUAUGCGCCAUAUUUUCAACCGCUCGUACCACUCGAUUCAGGGCUUCGAUGUGUACAUCGAUGCGAACGGUGACGCCGAGGGAAACUUUUCCGUAAUCGCGCUGCAGAAGGACGAUAAGGUCAACAACUCGCUGCAGAUGUCGAUGCAACCGGUGGCUCUGUUCACGUACGGGGCGAACGCCACGACCAGCACCGCCAUGCUGCCAGAGUUCCGAUACCUAAACGCGGCCCGGCCGAUCAUGUGGGUGAAGGGCCGGCCGCCGCUCGCCGAGCCGGUCUGCGGGUUCUACAACGAGAAGUGCCGGCCGAAGGUGAAGGACUGGCGCUACAUCACCGGGGCGCUCGUCGUGAUACUGUUUAUGGCCAUCUUCACCGUCAUCCUGUUCAAACAUUACCGCUACGAGCAGACGCUGGCGUGCCUGCUGUGGAAGGUGGACAUGAAGGACGUCAUUCUAAUCACCUCGCCCGACGCGCUCUACAACAACGAGCUACGCAAGAAUCUGGUUUGCCAGCAGAGCAUCAUGCUCAACAGUGCACCCGAGUCCAACAAACGGGCCUACACAACGAUCGGACUGUAUCGAGGCAACAUUGUCGCGAUUAAGUAUCUACACAAGCGCUCCGUCGACAUCACGCGCAACAUCCGCAAGGAGCUGAAGCAGAUGCGCGAGAUCCGGCACGAGAACCUAACGACCUUCGUCGGGGCCUCCGUCGACCACGGAACGGUGGCCAUCCUGACGUCCUACUGUGCCCGCGGCAGCCUGGUUGACGUGCUGUCGAACGAAGACCUAAAGCUCGACCACAUGUUCGUGUCGUCGCUGGUGAGUGACAUCGUGAAAGGAUUGAUCUAUCUGCACGAAAGUGACGUCGGAUCCCACGGGAAUCUGCGCUCAAGCAAGAUCCUGAUCGACUCCCGCUGGGUGGCGCAGAUUUCCGACUUUGGGCUGCACGAUUUCAAAUCAGGCCAGGAGGAACCGAACAAGUUCGAGAAGGAGAUUCGCCGAAGCCUUUGGAAGGCACCGGAGGUACUGCGGGAUCCCAACAGCCCCCCGAGAGGCACCCAGAAGGCCGACGUGUACUCGUUCGGGAUUGUACUGUACGAGAUUGUUGGCCGCAAGGGACCGUGGGGUGAUAUCAACCUGAGCUGGCAGGAUAUCGUUGCUCGAGUGAUGUCCCCGGAAGAGUACGGCAUAUUUCGACCAUCGCUGAGGGGCAUUGAUUCGCCGGAGUACGUCAUCCAGUUGCUGCAGGCCUGCUGGGAGGAAGAUCCCGAGGAUCGGCCGGACAUUCGUUUGGUCCGCGUCAAGCUGAAACCGAUGCAAGCGGGCCUCAAACCCAACAUUUUCGACAACAUGCUGGCGAUCAUGGAGAAGUACGCCUACAACCUGGAGGGAAUCGUACAGGAGCGUACCAACCAGCUGUCGGAGGAAAAGAAGAAAACGGAAUCACUUUUGCUGCGGAUGUUGCCGAAGAGUGUCGCGGAAUCGCUCAAGCGUGGGGAGCGUGUCGAGGCGGAGUGUUUCGAUUGUGUCACAAUCUUCUUCAGUGACCUCGUCGGUUUUACGGAGCUGUGUGCCCAGAGUACACCGUUUGAAGUGGUCGAAAUGCUGAACGAUCUUUACACCUGUUGUGAUUUCAUCAUCUCGGGCUACGACGUUUACAAGGUGGAAACGAUCGGCGAUGCGUAUAUGGUCGUUUCGGGGCUGCCACUGCGGAACGGCGAUCGGCACGCGGGAGAGGUCGCUUCCAUGGCGCUCCAUCUGCUAAACUCGAUUUCGAACCUGGAAAUACGACAUCGGGCGGGCGAGUUUAUCCAGAUGCGUAUCGGCAUUCACUCGGGACAGUGUGUGGCCGGAGUUGUGGGGCUGAAGAUGCCCCGUUACUGUCUGUUCGGCGACACGGUCAAUACGGCCUCGCGGAUGGAGAGCAGCGGCGAAGCGCUGAAGAUUCACAUCUCGUCAAUUACGCACGGCUUGCUGAAAAAGCUGGGCGGAUACAAGUACGAGGAGCGUGGCCUUAUCAAGGUGAAGGGUAAGGGAGAGAUGCGCACUUACUGGCUAGUGGGCGAGGACGACCAAAAGCGGAUGGAUCGGUUCGGAUCGAACGACGUGAUGACGAGCCUCACCAUACCCGAUCUGCUGUGCACACCCGAUCAGUCUCAGACAAACCUUAGCCGUCCGUCACUACGUCGCAUUUUGUCCGACACCGGAACAGGACGAUACGUGGCACAGCACCAGCACAGCUCGAGCGAUCAACAGAUACCGUCCGCCGUGAGCGUACUCAGCCAUCCGGGAUCCAAUCUGGGGUGCUACAUUUGCCACAAGCGGAAGAUUAACCAAGGGAAUCCUCCGAUGAUCGAUAGUUCGCACCGGCUUGCCGUAAUUAGCGCAAGCUACGGCGUGGAUGAGGCCAUUUGCACGUGCCGGCAGCGGAACUGUCUGCUCGAGUACUACAACGACAAUUUGAUGACCGUGCGGACGAUCCGAGAGCCCCGCUCGGCCCCGCAGAUCACGUUCAUGCAGUGA